AUGGUGUAGUGGUACACUCGCCUGACUUUGGUGCGGGCAGCGUGGGUUCAGUUCCCACUCAGUGACGGUGUGAAUGUGAGUGCGAAUGGUUGUCCGUGUCUAUAUGUGCCCUGCGACUGACUGGCGACCAGUUCAGGGUGUAGUCGGCCUUUUGCCCGAAGUCAGCUGGGAUAGGCUCCAGCGUCCCGCGACCCUAACCAGGAUUAGUGGUGUUGAAAAUGGAUGGAUGGAUGGAUGUUGGUGAAGGAAAUAGGGGUGAUGAAGAAGUGAUGGGUAAGUACGGCAUCCAGGAAAGGAACUUGGAGGGACAGAUAGUGGUAGACUUUGCAAAAAGGAUGCAAAUGGCUGUAGUGAACACUUUCUUCCAGAAGAGGCAACAACAUAGGGUGACCUACAAGAGCGGAGGUAGAAGCACGUAGGUGGAUUAGGUGGUCUUGUGCAGACCCAUGUAAUCUGAAGGAGGCUACCGACUGUAAAGUAGUGGUAGGGGAGAGUGUGGCUAGACAGCAUAGGAUGGUGGUGUGUAAGAUGACUCUGGUGGUGGGGAGGAAAAUUAGGAAGACAAAGGCAGAGAAGAGAACCAUGUGGUGGAAGCUGAGACAGGACGAGUAUUGUGCAGUUUUUCGGGAAGAAGUGAGACAAGCUCGCGGUGGACAGGAGGAGCUUCCAGAAGACUGGACCACUGCAAGGAGGUGGCACCGGUGGCCGAGCGUGUCUUGUUUUGUGAGGAAUGUAUUUGAAAACGAACAGACGUGUUUGCAGCACGUAAUAGCAGGGAUUGAUGAGUUGACAUUUGUUGAACAAGGGCGCUGAUGGUGCUUGAUUGGCCGAGCUAGAAAUGAUUCUCAAAACUCUUCUCAAUUCAAAAUAUCUGUUUCAGCCGAGAUGAAUAUGAAGCAGACUAAACGAUAUUACAAUAUGUCAAAUAUGCUCGACUGUAUAAAUUCCCGUUUUAAGGGUUAAAUACGUCCACGAGUCCUAUUCUGAGGUCCUGGUGUCUGGAUCACGUGACUCAAGCCACCCCUCGUGUUGCCCCCUUUCCUGCCCCUGUGGUUGCCUCGCUUGCUCGCAGGCGCCUUGGAGCAGAAGGUGUGAGAAGGGGAUGCAGAUGCGACGCAGCCGCCGCGCCUAGACGCACAGGCGAGAUCUCGGCCAGAGGCACAGGACCCCCCAAAAAAGUGCAAAGUUAUGGCCGCUGGAGAAGAAGAAGAGCCCCCUAUGACGCGCCUUGCAGGUGGCCUGCAGAUGACGAUGACAUGCGCCGCCUAAGUGUCACUCUGCGUCCGCUGUGAGGAAGAAGAGGACGGCUGCGAGGGAGGGGGCACGCGGGCAAAACGGCGAGCCCACCGCCAUGCAAGCCGGCUGCGCUCUGGAGAUAACAACUGGCAGCUACUACUACACGAGGUGUAAAGUUUGAAGCGGACGAGCUGAGAAUGUCACGCAGAGACGAUGACCUGUGACCUUUAUUCGAAAGAAAACCAGCAAUACAGAAGCAGAUGGAGGCGGAGGAAAUAGAGGAGAGUGGUUUAUCAAUAAUCCAGUUCAGGGUAAGUAUCUCCAAGGAGUGAUGGUGGACCGUCGGGACAACUUGCAGGAAGCGGGGGGCCUAAGCAGGUGCAGCUUGGUGGCGUGGCUGGAGUUGACAGUGAGGCAGGGGGCACAGACGGAGCACUGGAGACAAAGAAGAACGGAAAGAGGUGAUGCUGAUUGCUGGGGAGAGAGAGGGAGAGAGCAAGAGGGAAGGCGCAAAGCACCACCCAAGCGCCAAAGGAGGAACUGCCGGCCACAGAUCAUGACAAUACCCCCUUCUCAAGGGACGACCCCUGGCGUCCUACCAGGCUUCUCAGGGCCAGCCAUGAAGCUCUUCAGAAAGGAUGAUAUCUCCACCAAGAAGGACAAGGACAAAGAGGUCCAGUACGAGGAGCCACCAGACGGUGGAUGGGGCUGGCUGGUGGUUCUGCAUUGCUUCCUGGUCAACGUCCUGGUGAUGGGAACUUUGAAGACCUUUGGGAUCUUCUUCUUGGCAUUCCAAGACGAGUUUGGGGGCUCAGCAGAAAGCAUCAGCUGGAUUGGUUCCAUCAUGUCCAGUCUGCGUCUCUCUGGAGCCCCCAUCGCCUCGGUGGCCUGUGCCAAGGUAGGAACCAGGGUGACGUCCAUUACGGGGGCCGUGCUGGUCAGCAGCGGCUUCCUCAUCAGCAUUUUCGCCAACAGCGUGGUGUUCCUCUACAUCAGCAUGGGAGUCAUCGUAGGAAUGGGUUUCGCAUUACUGUACCAAUCCUUCUCCGUGGUCACGGCGCUCUACUUCCGGAAGAGGUUGGCGACGGCGUAUGCCAUCGGGCGUUCUGGGAUGGGUUUGACCUUUGCCCUGGCCCCGUUUACGCAGCUGCUUCUGGACCAGUACGCUUGGCAAGGGGCGUUGCUGAUCCUCGGCGGCUUGAUGCUCAACCUGGUGGCCACCGGGCUGCUCCUGCGGCCCAUCCAAGUAAAAACCCCCACCGCGACCAGCUGCGCUUCCCCCAGCCAGAAGAGCCCGGCCGUGUCCCUCAAGAGCUCCACAGAGAAAGACAAUGCCAAAAGCUGUCUGAACGCCUCCUCACAUUUCUCCAACGGUGUCUCCAAAUCGGACUCACUUCCAUCCCCUCCUCGUCCUCCUCUUAAGGAAAUUGAGUGCACUCAGGAAACCAAGGAGCAUUUGGAGAACCCUGAACUGAACAGACUAGUCCUAAAUGGCCAUGAGACCCACCAAGACGUGGGUCCAUGUAAGCCCGCGGCCGAUGGCUCCCUAGAGCUCAAUGGCACCACGAAUGGGUCCACGCCGGUCGGGCUUCCCUCCAUCUGCGCUAGCACGCCGAGCGAGGAGAGCGCCCCGAAAGCCAAAGUACUUGAUUUUUCCUUACUGAAGGACCCGUUCUUUUGCAUCUACACGUGGUCUUUGGUCUUCAGCCAACUGGCCUACUUCAUCCCCUACUUCCACCUGUCUGCUCGAGCCCGAACUCUUGGCAUCGAUCCUAUGGAUGCCUCUUUUAUCAUCUCUGUGGCAGGCAUUACAGAGACAAUCGCCCAGCUGGCCUCGGGCUGGGUGACGGACCGGAACCUGUUCCAUAAGUACCACUACCACAAGGCCUACCUGAUCCUCUGCGGCCUGGUCAAUCUGCUUUCGCCGCUGGCCACCUCCUAUAUCCUGCUCAUGGUCUACGCCGUCUUCUUUGCCAUCUUCUGUGGUGGCUACAUGGCUCUGCUGCUGCCUGUUCUGGUGGAUCUGGUGGGGGCGGAGAAACUCAAUAACUCCAUGGGCUUCUCCAUGUUCUUUGUGGGCUUAGGCUGCCUCACGGGUCCUCCUUUGGCAGGCUUCCUGUACGACUACAUGCAGACAUACGACUGCUCCUUCUACCUGGCGGGGCUCUGCUACCUGCUCUCCUCGCUCUCGCUCUUCCUGGAGCCGCUGGCCCAGCGUUGGAGAGCCCGGCAGAACGAAGUGUACCGGGCCAAGGCGGCGCAGAGCGGCUGCAGGACCAACGGUUGCUUCGCCCCGGACCGCCCCCACAACGGCGUCGUGUAAGCGCCAACCAGCGUGACUGGGACGCCGUGUCUACAAGCGUCACCCAAGGAUUGACGAGACUGGUGGACUGAACCUCGAUAAGCCAAAAUUGUAGUCUGUAGACAUACAAGAUAUUAUAUAUAAUCCCCUGUUUGUGUCAGAGGCACAUGGCAUCCAGCACAUUUUGGAUAGUAGCAACAUAUAGCCGACUCUUGCCUUGUUGAAAAUAAGCUAUGCAAAAACCUGCUUUUCACCGCACGUACACGCCCUUAAAAAGCUGUUACCCUGGCAAUGAAGCACUUUGGGGCCAAGUUGGAACAAGCUGCAUGACUUUACACUAAGUGGACAAACACGAUGGGCUCCAAGGCUGUGAGGCUGCAUAUGUACUGUAUGUUUUACAUACAGUACACCACCGCGCGUCUCUCUUUACACAUAGGUAGAGGCCAAGCAAGCUGCGCAAAAAUGUGGGGGUCGUGGGCCACUUGUAUCGUAACAUUGGGUGUUGAAUAGAACUAAUAUAUAGCCAGCAGAAAUUUUAUCCUUUUUGUUUGGUAAAAAAAAAUAUAUAUAUAUAUAUAUAUAUGAAUGAUUGUUUCUUUAUAUGUGCCCUGCGAUUGGCUGGCGACCGGUUCAGGGUGUACCCCGCCUCUCGUCCGAAGAUAGCUGGAAUAGGCCCGCGACCCGAGUGAGGAGAAGCGGUGAAGAAAAUGGAUGGAUGGAUGGAGAUUUUUUGAUUUUUUUUUCCCGGCUAGAACUUAGCCUGGCGGCACAGUGGGCGACUGGUCAGCACAUCUGCCUCACAGUUCUGAGGACCUGGUUUCAAAUCCGGCCUCGCCUGCGUGGGUUUUCACCGGGUACUCCAGUUUCCUCCCACAUUCCAAAAACAUGCAUGGUAGGUUGACUGAUGACUCUAAAUUGCCCAUACGUGUGAAUUUAAGUGUGAAUGAUUAUUUGUCGAUGUAUGUCCCCUGCGAUUGGUUGGCAACCAGUUCAGGUUGUACUUUGAGCCUCUAGCUCAAAGUCAGCUGGGAGAGGCACCAGCUCGCCCGUGACCCGAGUGAGGAUAAGCGGUACGGAAAGUGGAUGGAUGGAAGUUUUAGCCUUUUGUAUUUUUAUUUUUUAUUUUUUUUUUUACAUAAAAACAUUUUCCCCUCUUUUAGUUUUAAAUUUUAAAACCAGAAAUGUUAGCCUACUUUUUACAUUUAAAAAAUAGUUUUUGCAAUUAUUAUUAUUUAUUUGUUUUACUUUAAAAGAGGUCAAUAUGACUCCUUUUACAUAUUGCAUGCAAAAAAUUCCAGCAGAAGUUUUAUCUUAUUUUGUUUACAUUUAAAAAAAUUGUUUGGCCUUUUUUUUUUAACUUUAAAGGGUUGAAAUUUACCUGUUUAUUUAAAAGAAUUUCAAAAAUAUUUUUAGUUAGUUCAGUUUUAUGCUUUUCAUUUUACUUUUCAAAAUAUAUUUUCACAAUUUCUUAAAAUUUUAAAAAGGCUCAAUUUGAUCCAUUUAGUUUUAAAAAUAUUUUUCCUGCAGAAGUUCCAUCCAUCCAUCCAUCCAUUUUCUGAUCCGCUUAUCCUCACUAGGGUUGCGGGUGUUCUUGAGCCUAUCCCAUCUAUCAACGGGCAGGGGGCGGGAUACACCCUGAACCGGUCGCCAGCCAAUCGCAGGGCACAUUUAAACAAACAACCAUUCGUACUCACAUUCACACCUACGGGUAAUUUAGAGUCUUCAAUCAACCCACCAUGCAUGUUUUUGGGAUGUGAGAGUUAUACAUUUUAAAAUGUCCAUCCAUCCAUUUACUUGCGCUUAUCUGAUGUCAGGUCACGGGGGCAGUAGUUUUAGCAGGGAAGCCCAGACUUCCCUCUUCCCAGCGGCUCAACUCUGAGCCCCUCCCGGAUGACCGAGCUUCUCCCAGGGAGAGCCCGGACACCCUGUGGAGGAAAAUCAUUUUGGCCGCUUGUAUCCGCGAUCUUGUUUUUCGGUCACGACCCACAGCCCGUGACCAUUGGUAAGGGUAGGAACGCAGAUCGACCGGUAAGUCGAGACAUUUGCCUUUCGGCUCAGCUCCUUCUUCACCAAAACAGAUUGAUAUAGAGUCUAUCUGACUGCAGAUGCUGCGCUGAUCCGCCUGUCGAUCUCUCGUUCCAUUCUUCCCUCACUUGUGAACAAGACCCCAAGAUACUUGAACUCCUCCACUUGGGGCAGGAUCUCCUCCCUGACCCGGAAAGGGCACUCCACCCUUUUCCGACUGAGGACUGUGGUCUCAGAUUUGGAGGUGCUGAUUUUCAUCCCAACCGCGUCACACUCCGGUCCUGUGAGAACUGAAGGUCACGGCUUGAUAAAGCCAUCAGAACCACAUCAUCUGCAAAAAGCAGAGACGUAAUACUGACAUUGCCAAACCGGACCCCCUCAACACCUCGGCUGCGCCUAGGAAUUCUGUCCUUGAGGGUAAUGAACAGAAUCAGUGAAAAAAGGGCAGCCUUGGCAGAGUCCAACCCUCACCGGAAACGAAUCCAACAUACUGCCGGGAACGUGGACCAAACUCUGACACUGGUCAUCCAGGGACCAAACAGCCCAUAUCAGGCGCUCCGAUACCCCAUACUUCUGAGGCACCCCCCUCCGAGGGACAUGAUCGAACGCCUUCUCCAAGUCCACAAAACACAUGUGGACUGGGUGGGCGAACUCCCAUGCACCCACUAGGACCCUGCCGAGGGUCUAGAGCUGGUCCACUGUUCCAUGGCCGGGACGAAAACCACACUGCUGCUCCUGAAUCUGAGAUUCGACUUCUGGACCCUCGUCUCCAGAACCCCUGAUAUAACCUUACCAGGGAGGCCGUGGAGUGUAAUCCCCUAUAGUUGGAACACCCCUUCCGGUUCCCUCCAAUUUACUAAAAUGAGAAAUAAAGUAAUGGACAUUUGGGAGGCGGCAUGGUGUGCACGUGGUAAGCAAUGUGGGUCCUAGUAAUCUGGCUUCCUCCCGCAUUCCCAAAACAUGUUAGGUGCAUUGAAGAGUCUAAAUUGUCCUUACGUGUGAAUGCGAAUGUUUUUUGUUUUUAGAUUUUUUUCUCCAAUACUCCAGAGAAAUUGGCGAGUAAUUCCUUUGAUCCCAAUUUGCAUUGCAAGCGACUGUCACGUGGCCCCGACGCCUUCUUCUGCAGUUUUGACACAAUUUAUUGAUCCGCAGCAUCUUUGCCUACCUCACACACUCACACACACACACACACACACACACACACGACACACUCAUUUUGCUUAGUCAGUGUGCGCAAGCUCAGCUUUUUUGCGCCAUAUUUCUGCAAUGGCCGUCUCUGCCGGUUACUAUGUGUAGCACCUUGCUGCGAGUUGACUGAAGGUGAAAACCGCCCAUCAACAAGCGGCAAUGCUUGGUUUUUAUUAUGCAAGUCUUCCUGAUUUUUGUACUCUCCUUUUCCACCACUGUUUGCCUUAUCGGGGUACAUUGCAGCACUUGCUGUGAUGUCAGCCAAAGACGUGCGAAACCUACUUACGGGCUUAUUAUUGGGCUUCUUAUUAUUCCUACGCGUGAGGCAGACUCUAGGUUUUGUUACACUGCCCUCUAUAGGCAGACGACGGCUCCUACUGCAAGAAUGCCAGCACAAUUAGUUCUUGUUUUUCCCCCUCAAGUCACUUGCACAAUGCUGCACUGAGCCCUGAAGCCUUUUUGUGUUGCUGUUGCAAUCGCCGCAGCAGUCACAAUGCACAAAAGCUCUUUUUCCUCCUUCUCUAACGAGUUGCGGUCAAGGGCCAAGCCGCGUUCUGUAGCCUUUUCGGAUACUUUUCAUUAUUACCUGUCACCUAUUAUGUUGAUAGCGUUCAACUGUGUUUUAUUCUGGCUAACUGAUGGAGAGUGUAGAAAACUUUGUGCUUUUAACCAAUCAUAGCUAUUUUGUUGGUGUUCAUUUUUAAACGCACACAAGCCAGCCGAAAUAAAACGGACAUGUGACUGUU